AUGAACUUUGAGGGGGAGAACAUUGGGCCGAUCACCUUUCGGACGUGGGACUUUGGCGGCCAACGGGAGUACUACGCCACCCACCAGUACUUUCUCUCGAAGNAGGGGGAGAACAUUGGGCCGAUCACCUUUCGCACGUGGGACUUUGGCGGCCAACGGGAGUACUACGCCACCCAUCAGUACUUUCUCUCGAAGCGCUCCAUCUACCUGGUCGUGUGGAAGAUCACCGACGGAGAGCGGGGCGUGGACGGGCUGCACUCCUGGCUGCUGAACAUCCAGUCGCGGGCCCCGAACUCCCCGGUGAUCAUUAUCGGCACGCACUUUGACCUCGUCAAGGAGUACUUUCCGCCCUUCUUCUCCUCUGACCUGCAGAAGAUGAUUCGCGAUCGCUAUAUGGCCGACUCGGUGGACGCGGACAAGCGAGGCCUGCCCCGGGUGGUGGCCUCCAUCGAGGUGAGCACCAAGACGCGCCACAACAUUCGCCUCCUCGCGAACAUCAUAUACGAGACGGCGACGGAGAUGCGCACCUCGGGCAACAAGGACCGCCUGCUGGAGCAGAAGGUGCCCGCCACGUACCUCGCCCUGGAAGAGGUGGUCUCCCUGCUGGCCAGCGAGCGAAAGGCUGCCGGAGCGGAACCCGUUCUGCACACGGAGCAGUAUCGGAGUGAGGUGGUGCGGGCGAUGAAGGAACGGCACAGCCUCGCCUUUCGCGACUUUGCCGAGCUGCAGCAGGCGACGCGUUUCCUGCACGAAAAUGGCGUCAUGCUGCACUACGAGGACGCCAACCUCAAGGACCUGUACUUUCUGGACCCGCAGUGGCUGUGUGACGUGCUCGCCCACGUGGUGACCAUUCGUGAGAUCAACCCCUUUGCCCGCAAUGGCGUCAUGAAGACGGAGCACCUGCUGCAGCUCUUCAAGAACAGCAGCUCGGCGCCGGCGGACGUGCAGAACUACCUCAUUAGUUUGCUGAACAAGUUUGAGCUGGCGCUUACCUGGGACAAUCGGACGCUGCUCAUACCGUCGCUGCUGCCCACGGAGGAGCAGCUCAAGUCGGGCCACCCUGGGUCGGACAUUAUGAUUCCUCUACGUUCUCGGCUGAAGAUGCGUCGGUCAUCGACGAACAACGCCGAGCUGUCUCGGUUUGAGCUGAAAAACCAACUUCACUUUCAGGAGUUAGGUUUGAAGCGGAAAAGUCCCUGCAAGGAGGCGACACCGGCAUUUAACGCUGAUGAUGAUCACCAUCUUGAGGCAGAUUCUCAACCCAUUUGCAUUGCCACGGCACUAUCUGAGGCAGUCUUGUCGCCGGACACCGCCGAGGUGGACUCCAACCUGGUGGACUUUUACAAGUCGGAGGUGAAGAAGGCGACGCUGCAGUCGCAGGUGAAGCAGGAGUUUCACGACUCGGCCAUCUCCACGCUGAACACGGAGAUCUCGGUGGCGGAGGACGCCACACCGACCUCAGCAGCGGUGUCAAUGUACCACCCGGUGUACGCCUUCAUGGUGGAGGAGUGCAUUCUGGCGGUGUACGAGGACCGCCGACUGGAGUGCCCGGCACAUGCCCGCCUUCGAAUGGACAAACUGGCGCCGGAUGUGAUGUUUGCCGAUCUGAAGGAAAACUUUUGCAUUGAGCGAGAGCAGCUACGCUUCGGUAAGCUACUAGGUCGAGGCUCAUUUGGCUUUGUCUUUCGAGCGUUCUACAGUCCGAAGCGGAAGUCCACCAGUCACUUUAGGUACGACGCCCUGUCGCCGCCGCACUUUACCAAGCGCUCGGUGGCCAACUCGAAGUUCUACCUGCCAAACUCGGCCACCGAGGACAUGACCACUACAACUACCGCCUCCGCCGCCUUUGAGAGCUUUGAGGUGGCGCUGAAGCUGCUGCAGCCGAUUCGCCUGGAGCAGUGGUCGAGUGGCAUUCGCAAGCACGACCUGGAGGCCUACUCGGCGAUGAAGUCCAAGUGGGAGCGCGAUCCGCUGCAGUACGCCUGCAAGGCCUACUGUACUGCCCGUACUGAGCUGAACAUUCUCGCCUCGCUGAAGCACUCCAACAUUGCCUCCUGCAUUGGCAUCUGUCCGAAACCGCUGGCGCUGGUGCUCACGCUGGCCCCUCAGGGCUCUCUGGACACGCACACCAAGGCGUACCGGCGUUCAGGCGUGCGCAUCGCCGCCCACGUUCUCCAGCAGGCCUUUCUGCAGAUCUCCAAGGCGCUGGAGUACCUCCAUCAGCACCACAUUAUUUACCGCGAUCUAAAGUCGGAAAAUGUCCUCGUCUGGUCAUUUCCCAGCGCCCUUUCCACCCUGGAUGCGGAAGUGCAUCUGAAGCUGGCUGACUAUGGCAUCUCGAGGUCUUCACUGCCCACAGGCACUAAAGGAUUUGGCGGCACUGAAGGGUUCAUGGCACCUGAAAUAAUGCUCCACAAUGGCGAGGAGGAAUACACUGAAAAGGUGGACUGCUUCUCCUUUGCCAUGUUUAUGUACGAGCUCUGCACACUGCGCUUUCCCUUUGAAGGGCAGGAGUUUGCCAUUCGGGAGAGCAUUCUCGAUGGCAUCAGGCCGGCGCUCAGCCAGCGUGACCUGCACUGUCUCCCUGAGUCCUUUGUCGAUCUGAUGGUGCGUUGUUGGGAGCAGGAGCCCAGUGAGCGGCCCACCAUCUCCCAGGUGGUCUCCAUCAUCUCAUCGCCUGAGUUUUGCUCCCUCCUCGAUGUGAUCAACUUUCCCGAGCAGUACGCCAUAAUCUGCGCCACUGGCUACGAGAAGAUGGAGGCCGGCCUGGGCGGCGGGGCCGAUUCAGGCGAGCUGGUGGUAAACAGCAACAACAGCAGCAGCAGCAGUGCCAAGCAGGGCAUCAACUUUAGCGUGUGUCUGAGCAAGGUGGGCCAGCAGAUUGACCUAGUGGAGAGCAGCGGCAACCACAAGUGGAGCACCACGGGGCACAGGCUGACGUGCGACAAUCUGGCCAAUCGAACCAUCAUCAGCGCCUGUGUAGUGAAUGGACAGCUCUGGCUCGGUGACUCACAGGCUCGUCUCCACCUGUACAGUCUGAAUAAUGGUGGGGACGAGCGGAGCAGCACUUCAGCAGCGGACCACCAGUUCAAGGCCAUCUGCAUGAUUCAGCUGGACUUUGAGAAUCCCGCCUCGUUGACGGCCAUCAAGACGAUUUGCUGGCUGGCGAAGGCGCGGUUGGUGGUCAUAGGCUCGACCAGCGGUCGACUGUGGCUCCUCUCACUGGACAAGUUGCAGGCGGCACUGGAGGAAUCCAUUACGCGCACCUACUUUCGCUCCAGUGACCUGGAGGUGAAGGAGGUGGACAAUAACCGGUCGAUGAUCCUCUGCAUCACUCACAUGGACAAGUUCACCACGGUUAGUGAUACGGAGAAGGGAAGGUGCUCUCGAACCAGUGAGCACUGCGUGGAGAUCUGGUGCGGCCAGCCGGAUGGGAAGAUUGCCAUUGUGCAGGUGCGACCGGAGGACAUGUUUGUGCGCAAUCAAAUAGUGGUUGACCACUACGAUGACGGCUUUGUGAGGUCGUCACUGCACGCCAUUUACAUUGGCUCCAGUGUGCCGCUGGCAGACCGCAAUGACGUCUUUAUGCUCAUGGCCUCCUCUACUGAGCCCUUCAUUUGGUCUGUUCUUUUCACUGGUUUCAUCAUCUACCAGUGGGACGCCUACAAGCGGCAAAUAGUUCACCGGUUGGACUGCUCAAAGCUGGCACCUUGCUCGGAGAGUUUGAUGUCCAUCAGCAUUGAAGACCAUCUCAAGCCUGGAAGCUGUCAGGUGACAGCCAUCGCCUGCAAUGAAGACAAUGAGGAGCUGUACGUUGGCACCAAUUCAGGUUGCAUUAUCGUCGCCGAGUCACACUCGUUGAAGCCGGUCACCGUCUUCCGGCCGUACAGUCACGAAGUGAAGUUCAUCAUCACCUUGAGUAAGAAGAGGCGGCCAUUUGUGACCAUUGGUCGAGGUUAUCGAAAUCUGCUAGACCGAUUUAUCUACACAUCUAGCGACGCCCGAGCUGAGUCCCGACUGGGCAGGCAGAUGAGCAAGUUCAAAGACAACAACAGCCUCUAUGGCAUCAUUUGGGAUGCCGGUAGUUGGAAUGUUGAGUAG